UCCGAUUCAAAAGGAUGAUUCGCUGAGGAAUCGGAGAUCGCAUUCGCGCUGAAUGGAAAAGCGAGUCCAGCUAGAGCUGUCAACGGUCAUUUAUCUCCCAAAUCCAGUUUGUGUGUCGGCUCUCAUGUGGAUGUGAACACAGAAAGUGACUGGCAGCAAAGAGAUGUGUGAUGAAAGCAGAGCAAGGCCAAGUUACUAUGAGCAGUGAGCUCAGUGUACCAAUGGGCUCCCCCGCGCCCGGGGGCUCUGACCGGCUGCAGGAUGGUGGUGGGAUGGACUACAGGGAUUGGGUUCGGGGCAGCUAUCUGGAGCUGGUCACCUCCAACCACCACUCGGUCCAGGCUCUCUCAUGGAGGAAACUCUACCUCAGCAGGGCCAAGCUCAAAGCCUCCAGCCGAACCUCAGCCCUGCUGUCUGGCUUUGCCAUGGUGGCCAUGGUGGAGGUGGAGCUGGAGAUGCAGUACAACUACCCCCCGCUCCUGCUCAUUGCCUUCAGUGUGUGUACCACAGUGCUGGUGGCCGUCCACCUGUUCGCCCUCCACAUCAGCACCUGCAUCCUGCCCAACGUGGAAGCUGUCAGCAACAUCCACAAUCUCAAGUCCGUCUCCGAGUCUCCCCACGAGAGGAUGCACCACUAUAUAGAGCUGGCCUGGUGCUUUUCCACCGCUCUGGGGAUCCUUUUGUUCCUGGUAGAGGUGGUGCUCCUCUGCUGGAUAAAGUUCUUGCCGGUUGACUCUGGGGCAGCCCUCAAGCAGAACUGCAGCUCUCCCGCGGUUCAGCCCUUCCACAGCGGCUGGCAGGCGGCUUUGGCCUCCACUAUCAUCAUGGUGCCAGUUGGAUUGAUCUUUGUGGUGUUCACCAUUCACUUCUACCGCUCGCUAGUGCGCCACAAAACAGAGCGGCACCAUCAAGAGAUCGAGGAACUGCACAAAAUCAAGGUGCAGCUGGACGGCCACGAGCGAGGCCUGCAGGUGGUGUGAGAUCCAGGAAUGCCCUUCAUUUCGCGCAGUGUCCCGUUGCUUGACUCUUCAAGCUUACAAGCACAUUUAAACUCCUCCUUGAAUCUUUCCUGUUUAUUAUCUGUUUUCUUCUGCGACGAAAUGCCUUGUUAGCUGGUGGGAGGAUUACUUGUGUAGAAACUGAGAAAGAUUUACAGCCAUAAGCCGCAUGUUUACAAGAUUUCUACCGCAAGGGCUAUUUAUUUUGUAUUUCUUUAGGCUGUAGGUCAUUUGGACUUGUUUUUGAGUGCCAUUUUCCAUGCCUCUAAAUAUACAAAAAUGGACAUCACAGAGUGGCUUGCUUUGAUAUCGUUUGCCCUUUUCUCUUCCCUUUGCGGUGCCAUCCUGGAUCAAUAGUGUGCCACAGAUAAUGAGACCAUGAGUUGGUCUUGGAUCCAUUAUGGAUCACAGCUGCCAGAGUCACUUUAACUGCAGUUCCCAGCUUUUGUAAUGUACAUGCCUCUUUGAGCUUCAGUAGAAAGUGAUAGUUCACUCAAAAAUGAACAUUGUCAUCAUCAAUCACCCUCAUGUUGUUUCUUUCCUUUGCACUGAUAACGCUUUAUGUGCGGGUGAGUAAAUGACCGAAUGUUCAAUUCCCUUUAAGAAAACAACGCAGAUUGAUGCACCCCGUAUAGUUUGUGUGUGUUAGCAGUGGAUCUUUAAUACUGUAAUCUUCCAGCCUGCAGAGGAUUCAUCUUCAAUCUGUUACAGAAGUAUCGCUCAUACUAGGUCUAUAUGUAGUGCAGUAUUUUUAGCUUGGGUGUGAAAUCAAGACGCUUUAGCCAGACUCACUGCUUGCUUGUACUUCAUUGAAGGUUUUGAAUGUGUGAUAUAAUGCACUGUCACUUGUCAAGCACAAAGGUGGAGUUUUUAUCCAUAUUUCACACAAGGCCUUUUGAAUUUAAUUCCUUUGGGCUACUAGAAGUUUACAUUGUCGAUGUCAGUAACUAAGGCCAGUGAUGAUUUGCUCCAACAAAUGACUUUAAUGGGCACAGGUAGUUAUACUAAAAAAUACUUGAAAAAAGACAAAAAAACGCAGCAGAGCUGAAACUGUUUAAUUGUGAACCAAGUUGGCAGUCCUAUCAUCGAGAUCAAAAUAAUGUGAGUUUGAAGAAAACAUUCCAGGGGGAAAAGGAAGUCGGACCAAUUUCUGCCUGCCUUAAAUAAUAAAUAUGACAAAAGUGCACUUGUAGUAUAGUCCAUGGAAAUGUGUCUGGUGUGUUUUCAGAGUAUGCAGACUGAUUUCAUCUGCUGUCAUUGUUUGUUGCUUUAUUUCAUGCCUUAAGCAUUCAUUUAAUAGUGUCAUGAGUCAGUUCUGUAACCAGGCAUAGUGAAGCACUAUUCGGUGAACUUGACCACAAUCGUGUGUACACUGCUUGUGGGGGCUUAAAAAAGCACUUUUCUAUUUGUGUAUGUGUGGAAAAGUACUGUUCAUGUCAUCUUCGAAAGUUCUGUUGCAUUGUGCCACACUAUCAAUAGAUAAACGCAUAUAUAGUGUAAACAGUUUUUGUUUUGUUUUUGCAUCUACAUGUAGCCGAAUAUUAUCCAAAUGUUUUGCUGAGCAUGUCCUUUCACUUUGUCUGUACUUGUAUGUUAAUUUAUGUCAAAUAAACGCAAACUGUUUUGUUUACUUCAAA